AUGUCCAGCAGUACUGCACUCCACCCUCAAUCCACCAAGUACCACGCGCGCUCAGAGACACGCUCUACCUCACCACCCAGCCUCACACAGACCAGCAGCCCUUCCUCGAGCGACUCUACUGGCGACGACGAGACGCUGGCAAACGGUAGGGCUCACCGUCGCGCAGCCGACCCUGCUGUUGCUGACCCUCAUCAGCUUGCCAAAGCCGCGUCCGCAGCCGAAUUCUCGCCCAGCAUUUGGGGCGACCAUCCGCAGUCUCUCAUCACUGAUCUCGACGUCAACGCCAACGGCCACAAGUCGGGCUUUGAGGCUAUGAACUUUGCAGGCUGGGACAUCGGCAUGCAAAACGAUGCCGAGCUGUCCAUGGAGAUGGACUCUACUUCCAGCACCGACUACGGCUUCUCACCUCAGUCCAUCCACUCUCCUGCCUCCUCUCACAACGCCAUGUCCAGCUUCGCGAGUGCAUCGCGUGCCAUGACCCACGAUAGCCCUGAUGGCUCCGACCGUAAGACCGGCUCAUUGUCUCACGAUCCCACAACAGCCCCGAGCACCUCCAGCUUCGCCGGCAGCGGCGAGGAUUCGGAUGGUCAUGUCGCAUGGACAGGCAAGACGGGCGACAACGACGAAGCCAUGUUCGACUCGUUUGUUCAAGCCGGUUCCUUUGGCUCUCCCGCUGUCAAGUCGGAGCCUUUCCCGGCGAAUGCCACCAACGGGCAACCCUUUGUCGCCAUGAACAUUCCAACGUCCUCAGUUUCCACGAUGAUGCCACCAUCUGCGUCGACCAAGCCAAUCCAAUCUCUUGUGUCUCAUGUUAACAACAACGCGAGCGCCAGCGCUUCCUCAUCGCGCCGCAACUCGGGCGAGUCAUCCGAGCCCAAGAAGCUCCCCGGCUCCACCUCUGUAGCGGCGCGGCGCAUGGGUUCUCAGACAGCAGUGCACAGCAACAACCUCGAUGCAGACCUCGGCUAUUCCGCAUUCGAAGUCGUUCGCCCCAAUCGCGAAGGUCUCAAGGAUCUCCAGGUCCACAUCAACGGUGUUCCCAUGCACGGCGCCAAAUCACGCGUCGAAACCCAGAUCAGAAUGCGUAUCGAGCUGGUCCGUCCAAAGACAACUCCUGCCGGCGGGUGGGAACGCAUCGGUUCCUUUACGCACAUCAAGCUUCCCCCCCUCAGCGGCACAAAGCGCAAGUCGAAAAAGUACCAAAAGACAGACGUGCCUCCCGAAAAGACGCUCUUUGUCGACGCCACCGUAGUAAACGCUACACCGCCCCACGAUCGCGUCCACGUAUGCAAAGGCUGCCGACAGAGGGAGCGGAAACGUGCCCACCGCAAAAAGGAUCCGAAAACACCGCACGAAAGCUCGCCAAGCGCAGAGGAGAUGAAGAGCCUCGGCAUCGACCCUGCCGCUCCCGACGCCGUGGAGAGGACACAGGCACGCAUGGAGGAAGAAGAGAAGAAGCGCGUUGUUCUGUUCAAUUGCGGAGACUUUGUCGACUUUGAAGAGGGCGAGGCAGUCCUGCCCACUCGCAUCACAUGCUAUUGCCGUCAUCACAAGGAGAAGGUUGGCUUUUGCGUCAUCUUUACCAUGCGCGACUGGCAAGGUCGCCUCGUCGCCACCGGCUCCACGCCUCCCAUCAUGAUCACCGACGACCACAAGUCAAUGGGUCAGGCUGCUCAAGCCGCACAGGCUGCCGCAUCUGCUGCAGCCUCUCCCUCGGCAUCAGCAUCUCUCGGCGUCAUCAAACAAGUCAACGGCACAAGUCCACGAUACCCGGCUUCUCAUCAGUCUCAGUCGCAAGAGGAUCUGGUCAACGGCGCCAACUCUACGAGUGGAAGUGCGACGCCCAACGGCAGCAUCAACGUGGAACCGCCCACAAAGCAGAAGAAGGAACGUUCCAAACCUUAUGAUGGCAAUCGACGCCGACGCAAUACGUCGGGCAAAGAUCUCAACAUGACCCCGUAUUCUGGAACCGGACAGAACACGCCCGCGGUCAGCGCAACGUCUCCCGUCCCUGCCUCAAACGGUGUCGAUUUUAGCUCAAAUGACUUCUGGAACGCUUUUGCAACUGCGGGCACAACCAUGAAUGGGCUCGGGCGCAGUAACAGCACCAGCACUGGCACGAAGACGCCCGGAGAAGCAUCCAGUGUCGGUGACUCUCCUGCACCUGCAAGCUUGGUUGGCAUUGGAGCAACGCAGCCCGUGCAGCAGCCGAACGGCCUCCAGCAGCAGCCGCAGCCUCUGCAGUUGUCGCAGAUGCCGCCUCAAUUGCAAGCUCAGCUGGCACAGGGCUCCCUGUCUCCAACGACUCUGCAGACCAAUCUCGCCAGCGUGCCCAACUUUGAUCUCGAACAGUUCUUCCGCAAUGCCCAGGCAGGCGUCUCAAGCGGCGUCGACUUUGCGCAGCUCAUGGCAAUGGCUGCCGCCGCCGCAUUGCCGCCUCACCUUCGGCCCAACUCUGGCUCUAUCGCCACCCCUCCCGGGUUUGCGCAGGCCUCUCCUUCUGGACCGAACCACAGCAUCGAGCAGGCUCCUCAGCCGAAGAUCUCCAAGCUCAUCCCCGGCGAGGGACCUACGAGCGGAGGUAUCGAGGUCACCGUCCUGGGAGAAAACUUUACCGAAGGUGUCACCUGCGUAUUCGGCGACACCCCUGCCGCCAACACCAAGGUUUGGGCCAGCAACACGCUUGUCUGCCUCCUGCCGCCAAGCUCGAGCCCCGGUCCUGUUGUUGUCAGCGUCAAGACCCCUGGACAGGUAGCACAGCCGCCUCCGGUCAACGGCCCGUUGCAACUAUUCACCUACAUUGACACUACCGACCGUGCGCUCAUGGAGUUGGCACUGCAAGUCGUCGGCCUCCAGAUGACGGGCCAGAUGCGCUCGGCGCGAGAGGUUGCCAUGCGCGUCGUUGGCUCUGGCGGUGGUCAGCAGCCCGGAAUGCCAGCUGCUUUCAACAAUGGAGGUGCCAGUGGCGGGGGCGUCUCCCACGCAGAGGCUCGCGAGGCGAUUACCGGCCUGUUCACCAGCAGGUCGCAGAGCUCCAGCUUCCAAGAUACCCUCGUGCAAUUCCUCUCGCUUCUCGAUGCAGACGUCAGCGACAUUGACCAAGCAGCACCGCGAACCGAUGCAAUUCGCCUCGCCAACAAGCAGGGCCACACCUUGCUUCAUCUCGCCACGCUCAUGGGCUUCCAUCGACUGGUCGAAGCUCUCAUCAGCCGCGGCUGCCCGCUCGAUGCGCGCGACCGCAACGGUGUCACUGCGCUUCACUUUGCCGCCAUACAGGGCCGCGUCACCAUCGCUCGCAUGCUCCUCCGCGCCGGCGCCCGAGAUGACGUUGCAGACGUCAACGGCCUCUACGCCGUCGACUUGGCACGCAAUCACGAUCAGGUCGACGUAGAGAUGAUGCUCGACAACACCGCUCGCACUGGCCACUGGCAGACCCGUCGACUCACCUCUCAUCCGGAUGUAAGCCUCUUGUACGACGAGGAUGCCGAGGACAUUCUCUCUGACGAGCUUAGCAGCGAGCCGAGCCAGUCUGAUGUCGACGACGACAAUGUCAGUACCAGCUUUGACGAGUACAGCGAUGACAGCUUCUCCGUCAGCGGCGAAGAGGACGUUGAGGGAGUCCGCCUUCCUGCGGUUCCCGACGCAGCUGGCGCAGCCGACGACCUCGAGGCUCGCGAGGCGCUCUCGCAGCUCCCAUCGCCUGUCAUUGACGAGAAAGCCUCGCUGAAGGAGGCCGAUGCUCGUUCGGCGAAAGAGCUUGUCGCGUCAUCACACUCCGAGAAAGUCUCGUCAAAGGGCUCAGCACUUCUCGACCCUGCGAGCCAGAAAUCUUGGCUGACAAAAGCGGGCGAUACGGGAGCCGACUGGAUGAACCGAGCUUUCCUUCCGCACACUAUGGCUCACAAGUUUGCCCAACUGCACAUGCCAGCAAUGCCCGCGAUGCCAGCUAUCCCGGUCUUCCACCUCGCGCUACCCGCCCCUGCCUUCAUGCCAUGGUCCGCGGCCCAGCGCGGCGAACAGACGCCUGACACGAAGAGUUCGCCCAACGAUAAAGGCAAAGCUCGUUCUGGCGAUUCGUCUGCCGAACAAGGAUGGGAACACGAUGAGCGUGGUCGCCUCCUCACGCUGUGGAAGAACAUCGUCGAGGAAGGCGCUUGGGGUCUUAAUCCGCUGUACAGCCCUCCACCUGCAUACGAAUCGGUAGCUGCAGCCGAGGCGCAGGACAUGAAAUCACGUUCGACACCCUCAGUCGCCUCCUCAUCCAACACCGUAGAUGCUGGGCCGUCUUCUGAGUCGAGCACGCCCACAGCCGGCCCUUCGCGUAGGCCAUCGGCACGACGACGUUCAGCUCAUCCCGGCAAUGAGGCGGCCGCCGCAGCGUCCAUCUCGGUAUCCACGCUCUCGACUGAAGCGACAUCGUCCGCAACGAAGAGCAAAGUAUCCACUCACAGCCCAUCCACGGCCGUCGCACGCCGUCGCAAGGGUCAAUUGCAGCUCCGUGACGAUGCGAUGCUGGUGUGGUUCUGGAUCCCCGUCUUGCUCAUUGCAGCUGUCGUCGUGCUAUUCUCCAAGAGCUCAAGCAUCUUCAGCUACGCCGACUUGGUCAGCUACUUGGACUUGCCCGCCGUCGGGCGCAACCGAGCGCCUUGA